UACAUCUGCAAAACUACCCGAGGGAGUGAGCAGGUUAUACCUGCCUCCGUUUGGAAGUGACUUGUCGUAAGACUCGCUAAGACACUUGUUGGCCAAUGAGAGAGCUCGCUCAAGUGCGGAAGAGCUGUUAACAGCCGCGUCGCGUAGCUGUUUCCCAGAUGUAGAGUAGCACGGCCACCUGUGAAUUUCGGCAUAUAAACGCACAGCAGCUUCCUAGACGCGCACUAUCUCGAGCCAUGUCUUUGCCUCUACAGUUAUCCUAUAUCAAGUUGGAAGACGCGAAAGAUGUCGAAUCCGUAGAGCUCGUCGUCAACAACAUGGUAUACCCUAUACCUCGAAGCGAUCAGCAGAGUGGCGCAUUUCACAAGGACCUCGAUGAACCUUUAACGUUGACUGCGGGGCAGCUCUCCAUUUCCGUACGCCGAAAGAAGUCGCGUCUCCGUUUCGGGCGCCUGCCGCUUGUUGAAACCUUCACGAUCGAUUCGGGCGAUGUUCUCUCCGGGUUGGAAGGACAUGUGUUUCAGCGGGAACGGGGCAAGUUACUCGUCACCCUCGGAUUCGCAUCCCAAGCCCCAAUAGUCACUAGAGUUCCGAACCCGAACCCAUCUUCCCCUGCAGAUGCCGAGAGUCUACAGCCAAAUACCCAACAGUCGGUAGUAGUGCGAAGCAUUCCAACCGAUAUUGCAAUUGGCAGUGCAGGUAUAGGUGUCGCUGCCAACACACUUGCACCUGCGAAUCGCGAUAGUCUACGACCAACCACUGAAGAGCUCAUUAAACAGUGUCCUCGUUUCCGAGUCUUGGUAGUUGGAAAGUCAGGUGUUGGAAAAUCCACUUUGAUCAAUCGAAUCUUCGGUGUGAACACUGCGAAUGUAGCAAGGGAUCAACCAGAGAAAGCAGACAUUGAACAGGAAUUCACUUCGCCACAGAACGACCGGCUGAUUUUGCAUGAUAGCAAAGGUUUUGAGGCGGGCGAUGCUGGCAACUAUGAAACCGUGAAGUCAUUCAUAGUAGAGAGGAAGAAAGAACCCGAUAUCAAAAAUCAGCUUCACGCGAUACCCAUUCCGACGUACGGUGAACGACUUUUGGAGGACGCUGCAGAAGCGUUUUUGAAAACAAGGAAGGAAGUCCUAGGGAAUACGCCGACGAUAGUCGUAUUCACGAAGCAUGGCCGGCUCGUGACUUUCAUGCGGCAGAGAAUGCCAAACGAUCCUGAAGCAGGGCAACGAUAUCUACAAGAGGAAUGCGUCCAGCAAAUCAAAGACUUUACUGGAGAGAAUAUUGCACAUGUUGCAAGACCACCAGCGAAACUCAGGUAUGAGCACGAGCUUAGGGACCUAAUAAGCAUUACUCAGGACAUGGUAUCUAUGAGUUUCACCUCCCCGGGGAAUGAAGUAUCGCCAGUGCCUCUGGCAGCUGCAGUGGCACAACGAAUGUUGCCUACAUUGAAGGUUGACUUAUCAGUCGCCGUAGGAAAGCAAAAAUACUGGAGUGCGCUGGGUACCAGCGCAAAUUUCCUUGGUCAUACAAUACAGGACUGCCUUCGUGUCAUACACAAUGACAUCGUGGCGGUCUGGAACUUUUAUGACCCUUGCCAAUACUUGAAUAGUGAGGAAUUCCGAAAGAUAAUGACGAACAUGGUUGAGAGAGUGGAUGCACCAGCCGAGCCAAAUUCCCUCGCUCGCACCGACACAUUGACUGGGGGGGUCCCACUCAUCGCUCUAGCACCUGUAAUGCUGCCAUUAAAUGCUUUCCUCGGCCAUGGCAAGUGGGUUCUUGCAACAUACCAGCGACUACAAGACGUUCCCACAAAGUUCAUGGCUUACAUCGUUGAUUUGACACACGUACUGGAAAUACUGUUUUCACUCACGGCUGGGAUAAGAGCAAAGAAGCUUACUCGUAUGGCGGUUAAGAUGGCAUAUAAAGCCUACCUUGAAUCGCCAUGGGUAAUGUGCACCCACACGGAAAUUAGGCAUUUCCAAUGUCCGACUACGACUCGUGAUGCUGUCCUCGACAAGAUCACAUCCAUGAUCUCUUCAGACGGCAGGGAGGUUCAAGUGUCUACGGCGCUCGAAACGCUUCCACGAGUUGACCUGGAGAAAGACGAAGAGUGGAUGGGCCAAGAAGUCCCGCAGUGAAGCUUGCGCAUUCAUUUAGCAUCUUUUCCUGACGUUUUUGCGUGCUUUCAUUAGUUUUCCUGUUGUAUCACAGUCUGCCUUGUCUCGCUGUAUUUGCACGUUGUAGCUGGCUUGGAUCGAGUGUUUUUCGACAGAGAAGUCUUCGGGCAGUCGUCUGUAAUACCUACACUAUUGUCCACCUUACAACCCACAUCUUGCCAUUUUCCUGGAGGUUUACGAACGGCGCCCUGGCAAAUCGCCACAACGGACGUAUUGCGGUACAAUGGACCACAGCCCGCGCUAGAAUUAGCAUCAUCAUCAGCAUUUAGUUGAGUUGGCUUAGGAUAAGUAUGGAAAGCCAG